AGAGAAAGAUAGAGAAGAGGAGUUUUUAAACUUGAGCUACAGUUCCAAAAGCCCCAGUGUAGCUGAGACAGGCAAUAUCACUUUCAUACUGCACACACACAUACACACACACAUUCUCUGGUUACCAUCUAAAACAGCCUAGAGCUCUCUCUCUCUCACACACACACACACACACACACACACACUCAGAGUUCGGGACACUGAAGCAGCUGAAAGCAGACGGAGUGUAUAUUUGCACCUGAGGCUGUCCAGGGGUCUGUGCGUCUACGGGAAGAGAUGUUUUGUGCGGGUGUGUGUGCGUGUGUGUGUGCGCUGCUGGUCGGGAGCAGCGCUCAGCUUUCUGAGGACCAUUACCAGGUCAUCGUGGACCAGCACAACCUCCGCCGGACACAAGUCAUCCCCAGCGCUGUCUACAUGAAGACCAUGAGCUGGGAUGAGAGACUGAGGAUCGUGGCAGAGGGCUAUGCAGCAAAGUGUCGGUGGGACCACAACCCUGAACUGGAGGACCUUGGAGAAAACUUGUACAUCACCAACGGCCCACUGGACCCAGAAGAGGCCAUUGAGAAAUGGUUCAACGAGCAUGAGAACUACAACUACACCAGCAAUGAGUGUGCGGAGGGAGAGAUGUGUGGUCACUACACACAGGUGGUGUGGGCAGACAGUCAUAAUGUGGGGUGUGCGGCGCAUCAGUGUGUGGACAUCGAGGGUCUGCCCUUUGGGAACGCCACCAUCCUCGUGUGCAACUACUACCCUGCGGGGAACUACGAGGGGGAGAAGCCGUACACUGAGGGAGAGUUCUGCUCCAGCUGUCCUGAAGACAUGCCGCGCUGCACCGACGCCCUCUGUGCUCCCGAGGAGACGGAGCUGCCCUCUGAGGAGCCCGACCUGACGGACAGCUGGGCCACAGACUCCUCCCCCUCCUCCUCCGACGUUCCUGGAACUGCCCCCCUGCUGCCCCUUCACACCACCACCCUGGCGGGCAACAGCGCCCCAGAGGUCAUCCCCAGCUCCAGCCCCAGCCCUGCAGGAGAGGAGGCCGAGGCGGAGGGCACCUCUCCUGGGGAGGAGGGGGCAGCGGGCAGCCCCAGGCUGGAGGAGGUGAGUGUGGAGAUGGGCCUGGACGAGGCGCUGAUGAAUCUGGACAGACUCCUGGACACCCAAACCUCCAGGAGCAGGAUCAUGGUGAAGUCCCGCGACAGGAACGUCCUGUCCAGCGCGGCGGAGCAGAGGGUGUGGUCAGGGAUGCUGCUUCUCAAUCUGAUUGGUCUGGUUCUGUGCCUGAUGGCUUAGGAGGGCUGGGAUUUGAUUGGAGGGAACCCGAUAUGGGAGGGGCCAGGUGAGAGGUUUGAGGAUGGGGCAGUUAGAGUGACCUCUACGCUCACACCAGAGACACAGAUGUGUGUUUCUAGCUUGUGGUUAUCAGCUUGCAGAGCUUAGUACAGUAGGCUAGAUUGUAACCCAGUAGCUUCAUUGUUUCAGCUACAUGUGUCACACUGCAUUCUCUCCCUGUGUGUGCGUGUGUGUGCAUGUGUGUGUGUGUGUGCAUGUGUGUGUGUGUGUGCAUGUGUGUGUGUGUGUGGUAGGCGCCCAUGUGUCACACCGCCUUCUCUCCCAGUGGUAGUCGCAUUGCUCAGUAUUUGCAUAAAGUAGAUCUCUUCGCUGCUUAGCUGGUGAUGCCAUUUGUCGCUUGUUGCUGUACAUUGCCAUCUGCAAGCUGGUGUUUCUGCAUGUUUACAUUAAUGAGGCAAUGCAAGUAGAGAGUAGUGCUGCUGACUCCUGUUAACUUUAUACAGAUGGUAUAUCUGGAGGUAAAGUCAUGUCUGGAAACGUUUGAAGUGCUUAAUGUGUAUAAAUACAUAUCAAUAUAUAUAUAUAUAUAUAAUUUACAUGUGUAUUUGUUUACAAAUUUCCUGAAUUCAUGUCUUGUUUUAUGUCUUGAUAUGUCUUUACAGAAAUGUUUAUACUGUAGCUUAAUAUCUACAGUAACUCAGCAAGAAUGGCUGUGUAAUCGCUUUUAUUUUGUCCGAAGACUUCCAUAUCAUUUUGAAUUGCCAUUAAGGCUUAUAAACAUCUAUAAAAUAUUGCUGGCCUUAAGGUAGCCAUGUAACUGGAAGCAUUAAUGACCAGGUCAGUUUAAAGGACUAUACAACUACUCCCUGUCCUUGUCAGUAGGGUAAGGGACAGCAUUUCUCCUUGCUACUGAAGGUUGUCCCUUGACCGCUUAUUAUGCACAUGGCUCAUCAUGGUGUGUUUGUGUAAAUGUAUAGAUCCACACAUGGUGUAUUUGUGUAAAGAAAUGUGUUAUAUAUCAUGUGUUCUAUAUUUUUGUUAUUAAUUUAGGAAUUUCAUGGAUACUUUUACAGGAAUUUCUCUUUUAUGUUUGACACCUCCCAAAGCCGAGGCAACACUUUAUUGACAAGCGUAAUCACAACAAGGAAGUCUGGCUCUGCCACAGACUCGUCUGUGAAUCAUUCCAGAAUUUUGAGUGGUUUACAACCUUGGUGAUGUCUCAUGAGAAUAUUACAGAUGGCGACAUCUGGGUUUCGUUGAGCGAAUUAUACCUUCAUAAACAUUACAUUGUGUAGCCAUUUGUCUAAUGUAUGUGUAGAAAUGAAUUGAGAGCGUAUGCUGGACAUUGUUUUGUAGAGGAAUGCUAAUGUAAACACAAAUGUAUGCAUAUGAGGUAAACUAAUGUAUGCAUAUGAGGUUAAUCAAACGUAUGCAUAUGAGGUUAAUCAAACAUGUGCAUAUAAGAUUAAACUAAUGUAUGCGGUUAAUCAAACGUAUGCAUAUAAGGUUAAACUAAUGUAUGCGGUUAAUCCAAUGUAUGCAUAUGAGGUUAAUCUAAUGUAUGCAUAUAAGGUUGCACCAUCCUGCUCAGGCAGCUGGAGAAGAUACCAGUCAACUUCUGCAGUUGCACACGAGGCUGAUGAGUUUAUUGACAUCAGAUGACUUCUGUUAACAUCCAGAAUAUAAAUAAAUGUUAUGAAUAUAAAUCC